AUGCAAUCUGGUCUGACGCAAGAUCUUGACUCCAACGACGAGGGUAGAUACGCUAGAAUGUUCAUCUAUGAUAUCUCUGGCUCGCCGACUUUGAAGCAUUCAUAUGUUGUCAAACUCCCAGUCACAAACGGUAAAGGGAAAACCUUCGCUCAAUCGGAUGUCCUUUACCUUUCUGAAAAUACCUUGAUGUUGCUCUCGCGAGAUGGUAAAGGUAACGGAAACGAUGACAGUGAAUCGAAACACAAGGAUUUCAUGCUUUUCAACUUUGACGGUGCCACAGAUCUGGUCAACACCGAAUAUACCGAUGGCGUGACGCCAGUCUCCCCUAAAGGUGUUCUUGAUUCAAGCAUCGUCGCUGCGGAACCUAUUGAAUUCAUCGAUAUGAUUGAUGAGGUACAACUGAAGCGAUUUGGAUUGCACAACGCUGGUGAUUUCGAUGUCAGCUUGAUCAAUGGUAAAUGGGAAUCAGCUGCUAUCGGGUCAGUCCAAGAUCCCGAGUACCCCAAUGACUACUUCCUAUUCUCCUUCUCCGAUAACGAUUUCAUCACCACUAACGGUUUCGAAGCCGGUGAGAAAUAUGUUGAUGGUAAUGGAAGUACCUUGGACAACCAAGCAUUGGUUUGGCGAAUCACCCUUCCCUAG